AGCUGCGCCUUUGCGAUCUGUGCUCGUCAGUCAGUCUUGCGGACGCGCGAUUCACGUUUAGUGCGCAGUUUUGGUUGUGUGAACCGACCGAAAUCGUCGACGGUCGUAUGUUUAAUCGUGAUAUUUGACGGAAGAAGUUCAUCUCGUAUGCGGUCGACUGGUGUCUCGUGGUGUGACGCUUUCUGCUAAGGUCGUGGUGGCAAGUUUCGCUAUGUCGCAAGUACUUUGGUCGCAAGAGGCACAGUGACGACUCGCCCGUGAGACUGCCGACAUCCUCGACAGCCCUGUGAUGGAGUCUAUCAGAAAAUGGUUCUACAGGCCUAAGAGGGACGACACGAGUCUGCUGGCUCAGUUUUUCUACGCGGACGAAUCGUUGAACGCGGUCGCGUGCGAAUUGGAUUCGUUCGAUGGUCGCCAGGAGCCAGAGAGAUGCACCACGUUGGUGAAUCAGCUGCGACAUUGCCAGGACAAGGUGUUGACGAUAUGCAGCCAGAUAAUGGACGAGCUGAUACCCGAGAGCAGAGCGAACCGAGACUUCAGAGUGAAGUUUCCCGAUGACGUGAUGCAGGAGAAUCUGGCAGGACAGCUGUGGUUCGGUGCGGAAUGCCUCGCUGCUGGAUCUUCCAUCAUGAACAGGGAAGCUGAAAGUUCAGCGAUGAGACCACUUGCCAAGGCUUUAACAAAGUCGUUGGAUAUUGUCAGGAAUUUGCUCAGGGAACACGCGUUGAAAGGUCAUAUGAAUCUGAAGUAUCUCUUUCAGACGCAGAACCCGUUGGAUCCGUCUCUGGAGAAGCUUAUCGAGUCGUUGAAGAUCUUCGAUCGUCUGUUCGCCGAUUUCGAGCUGUGCUACGUGGGCGCCAUGGUACCGGUCAAGUCGACGAAGGAGUACGAGCAACAGGAGCUCGUGUGCGUUUUAUUUUCGGAGACGUUGCAGAGAGCACUAGAGCGUGGUUUGCUCAGCCAGGCCGAUGUGGACAAUUACGAGCCGGCCCUGAUGUUUACCAUUCCGCGUUUGGCGAUCGUUUCUGGCCUCUUGGCUCCGCCCGGAGGACCAUUGUGCCUCAAUUCUCCGGAUAACAUCAGCGAAAUGUUUAGACCUUUUAGGACGCUUCUGUUAAAAAUAAGAGAGCUUCUCUGGACGUUGAACAACCGCGAACUGUACAUGUUGGAGAAGCUAUUGUGCUCGAACGAGGAACCAUCGGCUGCUCCUCUAACGCAGUCGUCCAAGUCCGCGUGUCAGGACAUCCCAGACCUCGAGGAGUUCGUUCACAAUUUUUAUACCGGUUACCCGAACUGCAAAGACUUCAUCGUAGAUUUUUACACAGUGACGAGGAACACCGGGAACAACAUGGACGAGGUGGCGAACGAUGUUGUUCGAACGUUGGACGAGGAGAACGAACGUUUGACGGGGAGGAACAGCGAUCAGGAUAGCGAGAACAAGGGUGGUGGUAGCAUAGAAAUCGGGCCUAAUCGGUUAAAUAUAUCCACGGACGUGUUCGAGGAGAUUGUUGUGUGUAACGGUGGUGGCGUGAGGACAUCCAGUGAACGGGACAGUGUUCGCGACCAAGUACAGUAUCACGCGAGGAAAGGGUGUAGUAGUACCAACAACGGUAGACAAUUGUCCUGCGACGAGGAUAGUCCUCGUUCGAGAAUAAUCGAGGCGACGGCUAGUCCAGUUUCUCUGAUGGAUCAGAACAACGCGAGCCAGAUACUCGUAGCUGAGAGCAGUAUUUCUAGUAUUUCUAGUAUUUCUAGCGCGAACGAGAAUAGGCGCGGUGACCAACUGCACAAACAGCAAGAGGAAUUCAUCAGAGAUUCCUCCGAUAUAUCAGAGAUUCUCAGUAGUUCCGAGAACAUAGAGAUACCUCAGACGCAGUACCUGCUGAACCAGGUCUCGCACGAAAAUAACGUGACAGUCGAGACCGUUCAUAUUCAGAACUCUCUGCCGGAUCUCGACUCGAAGAAGCUCAUCUCCGAGGCGAAUAAGACGUUAUCGAACCUUUUACUGGACGGCGAGUGUCAGAAUGAAAUCUCGGAGCAAACUGAUUCAGGUAUCUGCACGGUUAUUUCUUCAGAGAACACCAGCCUCUAUGAUAAGAGUCCUGAAGAGAAGAAAACGUUCGCUAAUGAGAUACAACAGGACGAACAGGUAUUGGAUGACGACGAUACGCAAGAGAACACCAGCUACUCUUGCUCGAAUUUAAAUUCUCCUAAGCGAAAGAAUUCUACAAUGUCAGAGAAUUCUUGUGUUUGCAGUCUGAGGAACGUGAAGACGGUACCCUGUUUGGAUCACACGAUAGAGGUGCAGAAUCUGCACGCGGCCAAUACCGAAGCCGCGAAGAAUAUUCCAAGAAUAUCAGCCAAUUUCGAUGGGACGAACGAGGAGUUCGUAGGGGUUGCGUACGGCAACGGGCAGAUAUCCGUCUGCGAUUCGAAUCAGUCUAGCUUUCAGAUCAAUUACUCGGAGAACUGGGAGAAUCUGAACCUGAGCAUCGACGCGUCGUCCACGUCUAGAAGGGAAUUCUGGAGUGAUUUGAAAUGCGAGAAUUGUCCCUCCACGUCGCAGAAUAUAGACAAGGUCGGGACGAAGAUCGAGCAGUAUGCACAGGAUAAGGUAAUCUGUAGGAAGGCGAGAGACGAGAGGCAGAAGCGACGACACCAACGCAAGCACGAGAGGAACAGCCAGAAGGUGGUUCACCAGGUGAACAGAAUGCAGAACUUUCAGAAUGUAAAAACAUCGGCUAGUACAGAGAGUUCUAGAUCAAACUCGACGGAUCGCUGCUUGAAUCCCAGGCUGAUCAGCUACGGAGCAAGUUUGCAUCCCAGUCAAAACACCAGACAGAUGCCGAAUUUUGGUAGUCACAGUCCUCGUGCUAGCCCUAGGUUGCAACACUUUGAAACCCGCUGCACAGCGAGUCAGAGACACUGCAGCAUCGCGUCCAGAGCUCAGAGGAACCUCUCUCCCCAGAACAGGAAGCUUCUGGAUCAUAGAAGAUCCAGAUCCGAGCAGAUGAACAGAAUAAAGAGAAGAGACCUGGAGAAAAGGGACAAGUACGAGCGCGCGAAUCCUCGAGCGGAACAGACCAAGAGGAAAUUGGCCAGUAGAAGUCCUAGCGAACUGAUGAACGAUGGCUUGGGACCAAGAACGGAUAAAAGUGGUCUAGCGAACGAGCCGGUAUCAUCUCCCACGGCGACGCAGAGCUUCUCGUACGGGACGCAAAAAGACAAUAACACGCAACGAGCCACGCGAGCGGUAAGACUGGUGAAUGCGUCUACGGUUCAAGGAACACAAUCCUCUGUUCUCCAGAAGACUCCCGAACUAGGCUCCAGUUCCAGUUGUUCGAGUUGCUGCGACUCGAGCUCAGAGACCAGCGAGUUCCAGAGCGAGUGCCAGGACGACGAGGAGAUCGCCUUGGCGAUGCAGGCCGCUGAGAUUGCGAACAGAAAUCAGAUCCGGGCGAAAUUUCGAUCAUCAGAGGAUCUCGUGCACCGAUUAUUUGUGUGCAUAGCUGGGGUAGCAGAUCAAUUGCAAACAAAUUUCGCGUCGGAUUUGCGAAAUAUUUUGAAAUGCGUCUUCCUGAUGAAUAGUAGUCAAACCGUGGAAGAUGGCGAAACAAAGGACGAAGGUUUAACAUCGGAGAAUCAGUUGGGUAACUUGUUGAACGAUACUAAUCACGACCGACAGGAUUCGUUGCAAGAGUACGAGGAUGAUUUGGAAGAGACCACUACAGCUAAUGACCAAAAUACAACUACUCCAGUGACCGAACGAGGCGAAGAGUGCGUAGAAAGAGCUCCAGCUUGGAUUCCCGACAACGAUGCACCCAGGUGCAUGGCCUGUCAGGCUGGCUUUACCGUCGUUCGACGUAGACACCAUUGCAGAAAUUGUGGCAAGGUGUUCUGCGGUCGUUGUAGCAGCAACAACGUUCCCCUGCCACGAUACGGGCACAUGAAACCCGUACGAGUGUGCAACAGGUGUUUUCUGUAUCAAGUGACACCGUUUACGGUAUCUCAAGUGACGCCAGCGAGCUGAACUUUACCUGAACAAGGUAUACAUAUAGAUUAGGGAAUCGUUCUGUUCCAUUCGUCUCUAUGAUGUUCUUAUCGAAAUUUAACCGCCAUUAAGUAUGGUGUGUAUCGUUCGUUCGUUCGUUCGUUCGUUCGUUUUUUCCUCUGAUUAGGGAUUCGACGUUUCGAGCUUUCUCUCUUUAGAUACCUGGACGUAAACGUACAGGGUGUUAAAGUAAUAGUUAUUUCCUUUCUUAACACCUUGUACAAAUUGUGGUUGGAAUUUGUGGUUGAAUAGAAAAUGGACGAUGAAUUCCUUGUGUGAAUGUUAAUAAAAUUUUGUAAUACGAGCCUUCGUUUUUGAACGAAUGUUAGUCUUGAAAAUUCGUUGCGUACCUGUGUAGGUAGGUUGAGGUCUGUUGUAUGAUAAGGAUGAUUUAUUGUAUUUCGUGGUUUUUACUCGCUGAUAGGUUUAGGAAAAUAGUGAAAGAGUUUAGCAAAGUUCGUUUGUUUCGUUAAUCCUUUCGCUAUGGCAAUGUUCAGAAAUUUACUCGAGAUAAUAAAAUACAUUUUUAAGAUAACAUUUGUGAAAUUCUCUGUAUUAUUUUCCACCCUGAAGCAUUUGCAGUACCGUACAAUGGUUCAAGUCAAAUAUUUCUUUUAAUAUCCAUCCUAUUGUUUAUAAAAUCAUAAAUGAAAAUUGAGUGUACUCGACGAAUUUUCAAUACUGUUUUUUCUUUUUUUUUCUUCAAAAACGAAGCUACGUACAAGAACAUUGUGUUUCAAAAUUUCGCACAAGGAGUCACUAUAUGUUUCUGGUUAUUCUACAAAUUUUCCCUUAGCUUGUAUUAUACAUAUAAUUAUACCUAUUAAAGUGGUAUGAGUACGUUUUUUCAUUUUCGUUAGAAUCACAAUUGAAAUAACUGGGAUACUUUUUCAUUAUCUUGAAAUUUUCAAAUAAUUUAAUUUCAUUUUUUGAAUAAUUACAAAAGAAUUUUGUUUUAUAAUCUUAUUAACAAAUCAAUACCAGAUAUUUCACAGAAGCUAAAUCAGAAAAGAGAAAAAUGGAAGUCGAAACAAUGUCGACAUUACCCAAGAUUGCUGUUUGCGUUAUUUGUAUAAUUAAAUAAACUUAAAACUCGUGAAUUUAAGAGAGAUAUAUAUAUAUAUAUAUAUAUCGCUAAUAUUUUUACACGUCGUGAUCGAACGUUUUUAACGGAGCUAAUAUCCAAAAGCAGUUGUACCAUAGCUUGCGUAGGUGAUAAGAUUUCAAAAAAAAAAAAAAAGAAAGAAAGAAGACGGACAAACGUUAUCAUUUAUUUUUCUCCUUUAGGACUCGAACCUUUAAAUUAGUUUAUUAAGAAGAAUUCUGUAAUGAUUAUAGUUUUUUUUCAUUUAGUGUAUGCAAUUAGGCACGAUUGUUUUCUUUUUUUAAUUACCUUCGUCUAUGUUCCGUAUGUGUAUCUUUAUCUUUCGUUAUUAGGAAUGUUUCUUUAAUCCUUCGUGGACAAAAUUAUGUUAAGCCGCAACAAUUGAAAGACGAUUUCAAUGCACAAAACUAGUGCAAAUAUUGUUCCAUAAAAACAUUUUUAUUUUCUCUCAUUUAAUUGACACAUGCAUUAUCAUUUUUGUUACAUUUAUAUUGGAUCGUUUUAAGGACUUUUGUGUUCAAUGUGUACAGCGUCGAGAAAGAGAGAUAUUUAUAAUUUAGAGAGGAGGAAAAAUUGUAGAAAUAAAUUUCUGUUGUAUAUCCAUCGUGUAAAAUAUUCAUGUUUUUAUAUCUAUAUAUACAUACAUACAUACGUAUUCUUGAUAAGUAAAUAGUUUAUUUAAGAGAAUAUAAGAAUGUUAUGAAAUUUCUGUUUAUCAUUGAUUUCUUCUCACGAAUUACUUUCAAUGUAACAUUCCUCUCGAAUUACUAAUAAUAACAACGUGAAUGUCAAUUUAAAUAUGUAUCUGAUUAGAUGGAGAACCGAAUUGUCCAUCGCAUAAAUCUAGAAAAAAAUAGCUCGUUGAUUUCUUUAAUCGUGAAACGCAAGAUUCUUAAUUAAGCUAAUUAAAAGUUUUAUAGAACGCUAUUCUCAGAAAAGAUCUAUGGUGGACCGAGAAAUAAUCCUUUACAUCCUCGCCAUAUAUUUCGGUUUCGUUUUCUUGUUAGAGACGCGAACAUGACCGAAAUCGUUCAGGGGCUCGACGAAAGCUUAGAACGCAAUUUUCAGCAAAUUUCGCGAUAGAAAUUUAUGUAGUUAUAUAAUUUGAUAACGGCAUUCGCUAAUUGCUUCUCUGUGCCAAACUCAUGCGACAAUAAGUUUGCUGGUCGUUAACGUAGCCUGAAAUUUUGGAGAAAGUAAUUGAAAGAAAAGAUGGAAAUUGCUGAGUGAGUCGUCACAGUUUGUACGCGCAUUUCGAGUAAAAAGACUGCUUUUGAUCGUAGCUCAUUCUCGUAGCUGUAGCUGUAGAUGUACGAAGAAUUGAGCUGUUCUUUUUCGUUCGAUAUACAUACAUACAUACAUACAUACAUACAUAUAAACAAGGAAAGAAUUUUAAAACGAGACUCAGGAUUCUAAUUAAUCAACUGUAUUCCGUAUACUUUCAUUGUCAAUGUAUGUACAAAAGUGUAAAUGUUUCAGUAAAAUAUCUUUGUGGGAGAAUAGCUCUCCAGCUUGUUCGACUGUAUUAGAGUUAAUACUGUAACACGAUGCAACGAAAACAACAAUUUCACGGGGUAGUCAUUGGAUUUGAUUGAGUUUACUCAUAUAGAGAUAUAUGAGAAGCAAUUACUGCCAAGAUUAAUAAUUAACGCGUUGAUUGCCUUCAGGACUAUUAAUGAUCGAAAUAUUUAAUCGAAUCGAAUCGAAUCGAAUCGAAUCGAAUCGAAAACAAAUUUAAAAUAGUAGGUGAUUGCAGAGUUAUUGCAGACUCAACUAUAAACAUUAAAUAUUUUUAAAAAAGAUUAAUCAGAGAAUUGUGUUUGUAAGUAAAAACUAGAUUAUUUAACAAAAUAAAAUUUCAACUUCACCGACAAGUUAGCAAAGAGUUUGAAAAGAGGCUACGCUAAUUCGAGUACAAAACUAAACAGUGAAUAGAUAGACAAUUAAGUAUUCAAACAACGACUGUAUACCAUUACACUUUCCACGAAUUCAGUGAUUACCCUUGCUCGAGUUCAAUUAAAAGUAUGAAAAUUAUAAUAGCUUCUAAAAUUACACUUUCCAUGUUGGCUGAUCACAGAUCUACAAGUUCGUUCGAAUUCCCCGAAAAUAUUCAUUUGAUUAUCAUAAAAAAAUUUCGAUUUCGUUCAAUUGAACGAUAUUGAUUCUCUAACACGUUAGCUGCCGUCUGGUCAUCGGUGAUUCCUAUCAUCAAUAAUAUAAUUGAAAGCAAAGAAAGUAGCAAAUGGAAAAUUUGAAACAGCUGUGUAUUUUGGAUAAUCUUAACAUAUUAUAUAUUAAAUAUGGUGGUUUUCAUUGUGAAGGUAGUCAAUAAAUUGUUAAAGAUAUUAUACCAUCUAAUGCUUCCAUUUGCUUACUUGGAAUUAUUCUAACGAAUUCUCUAAUUAUAUACAUAUGAAUAUAUGAAAUUUGUAAGUGGCAAUGGAGGGUGUUAACACGUUGCCGAUCCGAAUUUAAUUUGGCCGAAUAAUUAAGAAAUGACAAAUUGAUAGAAUUGAGAAAUUAAAUAGAGGAGGUGGUAGAAUCACAUAGAAUGCUCAUUUUAUUUUUCAUUUACAAGGUAUUGAAAAUACAUACAACUUUCCUCGUUUCUUAAUUAUUUCACCGAAUUAAAUUUGUAACAUCGAUGAUGUACGAUGUAAUCAAUGUAUUAAUCCUGUCAAAGGAUAAAAACAAAGUGUUAACAUAAAAUUUUGUAGCCACAACAGGCAUUCUAUGACUAAUAAUCCAAAGAUCAUUCAUUAUAAAAGAAGGCAGAAGUUGUUGUACUGAUAAAAAUUAAUGAAUUAUACCUCUCAACGUCUCUAGCUUAUAAUUAACUAAAGUUAAUGAAAACUUGUAUACUGGAUUUGUGUUGCGUGUAAGAGUGAUGUUGAAAUGAUGUAAAUCUAUUUAAGAGAUACGUGGACGAUAAGGAAUUCUUUGAGAAGAAAGAAUUAUUUUUUACGCGUAUUUUCGUGCUUUUGCGUGGAUAAGCUUUCGAUUCUUCGCACUCGUAUCUAGAAAUAUUGGUAAGUUUCAAAGAGGGAGAGAAGGAUGAUGACUAUUUGACAGUAGUCUAAAUUAGAGCCAUUAGCAAGUCGAAUUAAAUAGACUGUAGAAGAUUAAUUGUUUAUUCUAUUCAUUAAUAAGGUAUCAAAGGAAGAUGUAUAUUCGAAAAAUCGUGCGAAGGGUCGAUACAGCUAUCUCUACAGAGCCUUUUUCUCCCUUUUACCGCGGAUAUUGUAACUAAGCCAGCCUAUAACGAAAAAGAAGAAGAACGAGAGAAAGAAGAGUAUCUAAGAAUUAUUUUUAUAUUAUUUGAAAUCCUAGGUGUAUACAUAUGUGUCCGUAUAGGUGUCUCGUUCUCGUGUUCGACUUGAAUUUCAGGAUGAUCUAUGUUUUCGUAUCGAAGAAUUUUUCUUUCAGCAUCUUGCCACCUUUUCCCUGCCAAACGGUACUUUAAUUCUCUGUGAAUCAUUUUUUAUAAAUAGCCCAAAUUAAAUUCGAAAAAUUUUGCGAAUUGUUAAAAAUCGAUAUUAUUGUAUAAUUAACUAUCUAAUUUUUAGAUUAAAACUAAAAUUAAUUAUUCUGCUUGAGAGCGAUGACGCACCACCUGCGUCCUCUGAAAAUAAGAUGGCAUAUAGAAAAAUUGAAUAACAAAUGAACUGUUUUAAGAAAUGUAUAAAAUUUAAUUAGAAAAAAAAAGAAUUCAAGUUGAUCAUGAUCGCACCAGGAAGUUUGCGAUUAGUGUGCAUGCGAGUAACAGAAUGGAAGUGUCAUGGUUUUGGUAAUGAAAAAAUUAAGAUACGAAUGUAAAUAAAGAUUUUCAAGGUUAUUCAAGGUGUUUACGAGAUGUUGUUGUUUAAUGCCGAUGCAUAGGCCUCUUUAUUCCGUAAUGCGAACGACUGCAGAUAUUGUAAGAUAGAGCUUAAGAGACAAGCUUAGCGGGAAAAAUUAAUAUAUUAUAUAUACACGCAUACAUAACGAAUAAGUGUUACGAUGUAAAACGUUAAACGUUAAAACAGGGUGGACCAGUAAUCACUAGCAUUUCAAUUAUUUUCGGAAUUGUAAGAGACAGAUGAAGAAUUGUGAAAUAAAAGUUAACUCUGUGCAGAUGAAA